GUAAAUAAAAAAGAUGGGUCAUCUUUGUUUACGUUUGUGAAUGAAUAGAUCUAUCAUUUAGAUUGAAAUAACAAUGCCUUGGAGUUUUCCGUGGUCAGAUUAUGUGAAGAAAAGGGCAUGCAGAUACCUUUUACAACACUAUCUUGGACAGUUUCUGAAAGAGAAGCUGACUCUCGAUCAGCUGAGCGUCAAUCUUUCCAGUGGCAAAGGAAACAUUACCCAACUAGAUUUAAAUGUUGAGUCUUUGAAUGAAGCUUUAGAAAGUAGCAGUAUACCAUUAGAAGUAGUAGAUGGUUUUAUACAUGAGAUAUCUGUAUCUGUGCCAUGGACUUGUCUGAUACAAAAAAGUACAGAAUUGGAAAUAACUGGUUUGGAGAUUACAUUGCAACCCAAACAAAGAAAUCAACAUGCUGGGGGUUUAGAAUCUAUGUUAAGCAGUACAAUGAGUAUGACAUCCAGUUUGAAAAUAGCCGAAGAUUGUUUAAAACGUACAACUUCUGAAGAAAGCCUUGCAGAAGACACUUCACAGCCGUAUGAGGGUGUUCAGAUUUUUGCACAAACCAUUGAUUCAGUCUUAAGUAGAGUGAAAGUUACACUGAAUGAUACAGUAAUCAGACUGGAGCAUCUACCCAUGCAAGCUGAAACUGGAGUAGCACUUGAAAUUAGAAUAAAAAGGAUAGAAUAUUUUGAUGAUUUAGCAUUAGAUGAAGGCAGUUCAGUUGAUGAUGUACACAAGUGGGAACCAUCGGCAAUCUCCCACAAAAAUAUAAGUAUGGAAGGUAUACAGAUACUUUGUGAUGAAUUUACACGUCUUUCUCGACAGUACAGCUCACCAGAUAUAGGCUCUAGUCCUUCAUCACCUGUAUCCCCAUCAGUCUUUCACUCCACUAGUAGUACAUUGUCAUCUGUACCACCAUUCAGCCAAUCAGAACCCACCUCAUCACUGCCUAGUCCAGAUUCUGAUCCAAUACAAGUAGCUGUUAUAACAGGAAAGAAUACAUUGAAACUGAAAGUAAAACAAGGGGAAGGAUUAGGAAUACAGGGGCCAAAGGUUGAAAUGGAAUGUGAGCUUGGUGCUGUACAUAUCCUUUUGUGCCCAAAACAAUUCCAUGCCUUAUGGGCGUUAGCAGAUGGAUUGUCAUCUCCAGCUACAAGUGACAGGAAGAUGAAGCGAAAUAGAAGUAAGAGUAAACCUAUGAGUCCAGAUGACUACCGAAAGAUAGAGGAAGAUCUCCAACGACAGCUACAGUCUGGCAGAAUACAACAUCAAAGACAAGAAAUCUCUCACUUCACAGCCAUGCAUGAUAUUAUGACUGGAUCUUUUGGAGGUGAGGACCAGUUUUAUUCUGUAGGACAACAUAAAGACAUGGAGUCUUCCUUUACAAGCCAAACUUCAUACAGUACUGUCUCAACUGUUAAAUCUGGUGGAACAGAAAACAGGAAGCCCAAGGAUCCAAUGAAGAAAAUUUUAGAUGAUCCGUCAGCAGAGUUUUCCCAUUAUAGACUGAGACUAGCAUUCUUCUCUGUAGCACUUUUGCAUGACAAUCCUUGCUCUAAAGUAGAGCAUGGCCAGACGCGAACACAAGAAAAUAACAUUAAAGAUCUGUCUACGUCUUACUUCCAAAGAGUGUUUACUAUUGCAACAGCUGCUAGGGGAGACAUGAAAAGUUUGAGAAAGAGUUUUGUGGAAGUACUGAAGUAUGAUCAUAUCAGGUUACUUGGUAAACCUUUGACAGUUGACUGUACAGAGAAGACAAUUCCAACACAUCAUACAAUGACUGUGGAUGUGACUGUUGGUAUGUUUGAGAUGGUAGAAUGUCUGUUUGACAGAAGAGAUAAAACUGCCAUGCCAACUUAUACAGAGUUACUUGUUUUCAAUAAAGAUGGUGAACAACACGCCACACACAUGUACAGCAGUAUGCAUGGUAGUGCUCCAUGUAUUAAAGCCACCAUAACCUACAUGGAACAAACAAAGGGAUCUAGAAAAAUCAGCCCCAGAACAGAUGUUAAUGUUACGAUUGGUGCAUGCGAGUCUGAGAUUGAUGUCACAAUCAUUGACAGAGUCAAUAGUCUGCUGUCACCACCACCAAGGUCAAGGUCAUGCAGUCAUACAGGAAAUAUACCCAUGUACACAGGGGUCCCGGACACAUUCAGUCAGACACUAGAAGAUGGUGCUAACUCAUCUGAAAUGACAACAGAUAUAAAAGUGAAUAGUUCUAAUGUUAAACUAUAUAUCAGGUUUCCUAUUCCUGAUUUGAGGCCACAAUCACAGGUUGACAGGUUUCCAUGGUGGAAAAAAAAUCUACGAGAAGAAAUGGUGAUAUUAAAACUGAGUGAUUUUAGAUUUAUAACGUCCAUAAAAUCCCAACAGUCAGUUCUACAAAUGGAUGUCAUUUGUAAAGAGGUUCAUGGUUCAUUUCUACUGGACCCUAACCAUGAACCAGAACCAUUUGCAUAUGCCUGUGGGGACAAUGACAACGAAGAUGGAUUUAAUUCACCUCAAAUAAGUUUAAAACUAUCAAAACAAAUCAUAUCUUUACUGGAUGAACAAGGAAUGAACUCUGAAAACAAUACCCCACUUGAUUCUCUGAAUGGUGCAUGUCAGUUUGACAAAGUGGAUCCAUCUCCAUUCUCAAACAAGAAAUCCAUGUAUGGUAAAGAUGAUGAUGGAAGUAAAGAAGAUACCCACAAACAUGUCAGUGAAGAGAUGGUCAUACCAGGGGACAGAGAUGAGAUGAUGGAAUUCCAGGAUACCUGUAUAAACAAUACAGAAAUAACAUUGGAUAUAUAUCUACCCAUGGCUAACUGUUACCUACCUAGCAAAAACUUCUAUGAAGUUCUAUACAACAGAUUUAAUAAUGACUUGUUGCUAUGGGAACCAGUUGCACCAUCACCUUUACCUACUCAGGACCAAGCUUCAGGAUCUAUACAGCCAUUUGACCUUAGUUGCUAUCCUCAAGUUUUGCAAGAUAAUUUUGAAUUAGCGAAAUCUGCUAUUCAGUAUGAAUCAUCAGAUGAAGAAGAAGAUUAUAGUUACAAUUAUUACAGUAUCCAUGACAGCAAGUACCCAAGGAAGUCAAAUACCAACAGUAAUCAGCCAUGUAAAAUGUGUUUGCUUCUCAGGAUUGACAAAGGGAAAUUAACUACAUCAUUAAAUUCAAAGGCAGAGGACAGUAAAGGUGCUGCUGUAGCUGUGUUACAGAAUGCUAACUUGUUUACAGUGUCACACUUCAAAGGAGAUCCCAGUCUACAAUAUAUAUGUUUCAUAAGCAACCAGGUGGAAUUAUAUCACUCAGGAACUUUAUCAGCAUCUGAAGAUUUUUCCUUAGUACCAACUUGUGAGAACAUUAGUUAUAUCCCAGCAUGCUUAAGGAAAUGUAAGAAAAUCUAUCCCACAGAAACAGGGGUUAACAACAAAUUAGAUCUCAGUAACGAGGACAUGCUCUCUGUAGCUGUAAGAAUCAAGAAAGAUACAACUGCUAUUAAUGAUCUGACUAAAGACGAAAAAGUAAAGGAAUUUUUAGUAUCAUUGGGUGUACAUGGAGCCACAUUGCGACACAAAAUAGUAGAAUCAGGUUGCAGUUGGAUAUCACAGGUGUUAGAUCUGUUAGAUGCCAAAGAUUAUGAAGUAUUAGGUUAUAUAGCCCCUAAAGUAUUGACAGAAUUACAUGUACAUCUAUGGAAAUGUUCAGUAGAUUAUAGACCAUUACAAAACCCAACGAAAGCCCUGCUGAAAGCAGAAUCGUUUAGUAUAUCAAGUAAUAUUGUAGCUGAAUCUUCUACCUCAUUGUUAAGGUUUGUGUUAGAUGAUGCUUCAUUAUUUUUAUCACAGUCAUCAAAACCAGUCAUUAAUUUACAGAGAGAUUAUGUAUGUGUGGCAGAUUUAGAAAGAUUUGAACUUGCAUUAAGGAUGAACGAUGGCAAAGAACAUAAAUUUCCAAAGACAGAUUUCAAAGUAUCAACAAAUCGUUUAAAUAUAAGGACAUGUUCAGAUUCCUGUAAAGCUUUGAUGGAUCUGAUUCGAUACUUUGCUACAGAUGGUGAUUUAGAUGUAGAAGAAGCAGAAGAUUUAAAUUCUACUGGUACCUCUGAUGAUAUUAUCUCUACUGACAAUAGCCAACAAACAAUAGAUGAUGACAGUGAGGAUGAUAGAAGUGGUCUGUCUGAAUCCAGAUUAGAACAGCUACAUACAUUGGUGGAGGAUGCCAUGCAAGAAUCAGGUGCUAUAACCAGCCCAGAUAAGCCAGAGUCAUCUGCCCAUAGAACAGAAGUAUUUUUCACCACAGAAGGAGGUAUGGGUGAGGUGCCCCAUGCAGGGAUGAUGCGACCGAUAGUGAUUUCAGCUAGCGCUGAUUCUGUAGCUAGCACAUGUAGUGGUGUGUCAGAAAAUUUCAGUGAUGAUGAAGAUUUCUGUAUUAUUGAUGAUCCAGGAAUAGGUAUCGCUCCAAAAGAUGGUGAGCCAUGUGUAAGAGUUUUCACAACAGAUCCUAUAGAAAUUAAGGACAAUCACUUCAGUCAACCAACAGGUAAAACAGACCUACUGAAAGCCCCUGAUCACUAUCCUACUGCUGAAUAUAGAUAUACACUGAAGGAACUGACUGUCGUCUGGUACAUGUAUGGAGGAAGGGAUUUUAGUGAUGCUCCUAAUUCUACAUCUUUAGAUAAAGAUACUACCAUGUCUUUCAAACCUGAGAAGAGUGAUAGCAAACAUCAAAUAAGAAUGGGAUAUAGACCAAAGCUUCCUGGUUCUGACAGAUUAUCAGCAAAAGUUAGAGGUGGACCAGGUAGAGAUCAUGAUGUUCUUAUGGAAUUACAACUCACCAAGAUCAGAAUGCAGCAUGAAACCUACCCAAGUCAUACAGAACAAGCCUCUAGACAAAUCUUAGUGAUUAGUGACGUAGAGAUUCGAGAUAAACUGACUGUGUCUAGUAUUAACAAACUGCUGUAUCAGUAUUCAUCAGAAACUCUUCCUAAACAAACUAAUUCGAAUAUGGUGUUAAUAAAAGCCAUCCAUGUUAGACCUGACCCAUCGAUCAACUCACAAGAAUGUUCAUUACGAAUAUCUGUUCAGCCAUUAAGACUUAAUGUAGAUCAGGAUUCAUUAUUUUUCAUGAGGGACUUUUUCACCGAGUUAAGUGGAGGUACUGUAGAACAAGUUGUACCUAUGGAGAAAGAAACAGAAUCAAAACCAAGGUCAAGGACACCCUCUGGUGCUAGUGCUCCUUCCCCACCACAACCAGUUAUGACUGUUGGUCUUCCAGAAGCCCUGGAGGAAGACACAGAUCCACAAGAACUUUUAAUGAUGUUUGAUGAAGUUCAGGAUUUACAGAUGAACACAUCUAGUGAUGGAGAACAUACACCUCGACCUUGUUCCUCUGAGCCAACAAUAGAGCCAUCUAGUCAGCCAAUAUUUAUAAAGUCUUUCAUAUUUUCUCCUGAUGUGCCAAUUCGACUGGAUUACCAUGGUAAAAAGCGUGUUCUCUCAGAACAUGGAACAUUAGUUGGAUUACUAUCAGGCCUUGCCCAGUUGAAUUGUUCGGAGUUACAACUAAAGAAAUUGACUUACAGACAUGGAUUACUAGGGUUAGAUAAACUGGUGACCUACUGUAUAAAUGAAUGGUUAACAGAUAUUAAAAAGAACCAGUUAGCCAGUGUACUGGGUGGUGUGGGACCAAUGCACUCAUUUGUACAGUUAGCACAAGGUGUAAAAGAUUUGUUCUGGUUACCAGUUGAACAGUACAGAAAAGAUGGUCGUAUUGUUCGAGGAUUACAGAGAGGAGCAAGUUCCUUUUCCACUUCAACUGCUAUGGCAUUCCUAGAACUGACAAAUCGUGUUGUUCAGUCUGUUCAGUAUGUAGCUGAGCUAACCUAUGAUAUGGUGUCACCAGGUCCAAGUGUUAGAAUUCAAGGUCACAGAAGACGUAAAAAGUAUGGAAGGAAAGGACAACCAUCAGAUCUGAGGGAAGGGUUGUCUAAUGCGUAUGUUGUAUUAAGAGAGGGACUAUCUGAACAAGCACAGAACUUUAUGGAGAGUGCUAAUACAGAACAUGAACAAAAAGGUGUGACAGGCGUUGUAGGUGGUGUCAUGAGACAGAUCCCAUCUGCAGUUAUCUCCCCAUUAAUUAUAGGACCUGAUGCCCUGUCUAAUGUUUUGGGAGGUGCUAGGAACCAGCUGAGACCAGAUGCUAAGAAAGAAGAAGAGGAGAAAUGGAAGCUUGAACCAACAUAGUGAAUUUUUACAGUGUUGUUUGACCGGUGAUCAGGUUGUUUGUGUUCAAAUGAAAAAAUGAACCAAAUUAAGUCUUUCAGUCCUUACUAUGUGAUGUGAUAUUGGAAUGGUGAUUGAAAGAAGUCUUGACUAAUGUAAGGUGUGAAAUUGUCAAUCUGAUUAAAAAACAGAUCCUGUUUUCUACGCUUUGCUUACAAAGAUCUUAAAACACUCCGUUUUGCUUUCUGUUCUGGUAAUUAUUACAUCAGACAAUGAAAUUUCAGCCUUCAAAUUUUUGAAGGUGUGUAUUAAUCCGACAAAACCAGAGGAUCCCCAAAAGUCUUUUAAAACAGGAAGUUGAACGGAGCGUUUUCAGAUCCUUGUAAUCAAAGCUUGGACACAGAAUCUAUUUUUAUCAGAUUGCGAAAUUGUUACACGUAAAAUGUAUAAGUGUACAUGUAUGUUAGUGUGAAAGACAUUUGUUUACUUCAUCUAGUCUGCUUUUAAGGAUACUGGUAUAUUAACUAUAUGAUGUUACAGAUUUUGUUAUUUAGUUUCAGAUAAUUUGAAAGUGUUUUGUUUUUAUUGUAAAUGUUAGUCAUUUUUAGAUUGUGAGAAUUAACUUAUAUUAUAUUUAGAAUAUAGUUAAACAUGCUCCUGUGAAAAAUCUUCAAAGAAAAAUAUUUUUUGCAAAGCUCAGAGAAAAAUCUUUUUACAAACAGAAUCUCCAUUAAGAGGACAGUUUUGUAUAAAUAAUUAGCUUUUAAUAUACUGGUAAGGUUGACUGUUUAUUUUCUUCUGUCAAACAAAGUGAAUAAUUAUAUUCAAUGUUAUAAUAGGUUGACUUGUAUCUGACAAACAAAGAUCAAUUGAUGCAUUAUAAGCAAAAAUAAUUAAAGUUGGAUUCAUAAGUUUAACAGUAGACCUUAACAAAAUAUGAUGAAAUUGUUACUGUUUUAAACUUGACUUUUACAAAAUCUAUGUAUAAUAUGGUAGUUGUGAAAAGUCCUAAAGUAAAAAAGAGAACAAAUAAAGAAAAUAAAAUUCAGAAUUGUUUCAAAGGUUAUUGUAAAUAACAUGUUAUACCCUUUGCUUAUUAAAAGUAGGGAUUAUAAAGGGAUAGAUGUAUGUGUUUGUUCAUGUUUCUGUACAUUUUAUUCAUUUAAAGGGAUUAAUGUGGUUACCAAUGUCUAAAUGUUAACCUUUUUCUGGGAAUACAGGGUUUAUUUAUUAGUUGAAAUUUGCUUUGAACUAGCUUUCAGAAACUACAAGUACUUUUAGAUUGAUACCUUGUGACUUUUGUCUUGUUGUUAGUUGUAAUGUGUACUAUGUGUUGAUCUGAUGAGUCAAACCCUUUCCAACUGAUUUUAUUUGUUUGUUCCUAUGUAAUGCUGUUACACUACUGUCCAAAGGUAUGGGAGAGUUGAGGCCUAGCAAACAUGCUUAACCCCACGAAAUUCUUGAUGUGCCUGUCUCAAAUCAGGAGGCUGUUAUUCAUUGGUUGUUGUUGGUUGCUGUCUGCCAUGUGCUUUAGGCAAUAACCAGGUCGUUUCCUUUCUCUUGAAUUGUUUCACAUUUUGUCAUGCUAGGGCCUUGUAUAGUUUACUAAUUGGUAUGGGUUUACUAAUUAUCGAUGGACGUAUUGCAACCUGCAGUUGUUUACAUCCUGGUCCUUCAGUGUAUGGUGGAUAGUCGUCUCAUUAUCAAUCAUACCACAUCUCCUUAUUUUUUUAUUAUCGUUAGUCAUAUCUCCAAUAAGGGGUAGGCAUCUUGUACCAAUACCAUUCUUUAAACCAUUAUUAAAUAUUUCACUGACAAUUUUUAAACAGAAUCUUUCUUACAUAAUGCAUUUGUGCACUUCCUAUUUUUGUUUUUGACUGAAUGAUUUUCAGGGUAUUUUAUAGUAAAACAUGGAUUUUGGGAAAUCUAUACAAAAGAAGGAGCAGGGGAUUGUUUAUUUAGCUCUGCUAAAAAAAAUUCUGGUUUGGGAUGAAUUGUGAACUCUACUAGUUUGUGAUAACUUUGGUUGUGUACUUGCAUUUGAUGUAUUGUAUAGCAUAUAUACAAGAUUGUAAAUAGUUUUAAUCUUUAUUUAUUUGUUUUUUCCUCAAUAUUAUUUUAUUGCAAUGAUUUGUAUGUAUUAUGUAAUACCCUAGUGAUUAUCAAGCAGGGCUUUCAGUUUUUAGUCUGAUAGACUUAAAAUUCUAAAUGUUAUUUUCAACAGGAUCAACUUUACUUUUUUGGAGUAAAUCUAAAACAAAUUUUAGAAAUGAAAUUGUAUGAUUUUACAUGGUCAGGACAUCAAAUGCAGGGUUUACACAGGUUUCUGAAAUCCUUGGAAAGUAUGGGAAAAUAGAAUCAGAAAAUUUAGCCCAAUAAAGAAUACAUAAAUAUCCUUUUCAUAUUUUCAACCAUUUGGCACUAUAUGAUGUAUAUAUAUUUAUGUAAAAAAUAACUCCUUAUUUUAUCUUUACAUUUCUUUAACAUAUGACUACUAACAACAAACAUUUUAUAGAAAUUUAUUUAAGUUGAUGGGGAAUAGAUUUCAACUGCAAGAAGGAACAUGUAUUUUCAUCACUAGAACAGGUAUUUUAAAUUUUUGUCCAGCAAAAUCAAGAAUGAAUGGUUGGCUUUUCAAGGUUAAAUUUAAAGUUACGUUUGAAUGAUCUCCACAUAAGACAAUGACUUUUGUGUUUAUUUCAUGGAACAGUUCACCUUCCAAGAAUUUAUAUACCCUGAUCAAAACACAAACUGAUUCUCAUGAAAGGUUUUAUUUCCUUUGGAAUUUUUCAACCACUUUAGUCUAUAAACAAUAUUUCCCUGAGUGCUAACAAGCACUUUGAAUUUGUAUUGCUUUUUGAUUUGAACUAUUUAAGUUUUCAUUUAAAGACUUUUAUCUAGAUUCUAGAAUACAUGUAACUGUUGUAUUGGUGAUUGAUUAAAGGUGCUAUUACUGCUUUUGAUUUGUAAUUCUUAAAUAUAUUCAUUUUAUUAAAUGUGUAUUUGAUGUAUUUAGUUUUGGAGAAUGUAUGAAGUAUUUCAUAUAAAGAUUGAAAUAACUUGUUUCAGUUCUCAUGACCCAGAGGACCAAGAUAGCAAUUUCAAUCCCUUUUUAUUAUCUGUUCUUCAAAUAUGAAUUAAAAACUUCUGUCUUAAUAAUGUAGCCAAUUACUAAACUUUUACUUUAAUCUAUGCCACCACCAAUACUAAAAGUUUAAAAUUUUACAGCAAAUUGAGUUUAAACCAAACUUAACCAUAAUCAUAUGAAUGGGAAGUACUAAAUGUAUAUCCUAGUCGUAUUUGAAAACUAUCCUCUGAACCAAUAUGUAUUUUCGAUUUUCAUUAUUAACAUAUGCAUAAAUUCCAUAUGAGAGGAACAGCCUUCUUUUAAGAGAUUAGUUCAGUAUUAUAUAUUUUUAGAUUGUAUUAUAAAAAGGUCACAAAAAACAUUAACACUAUUUAAAUAUCCAUUCCCUCAAAACAUGGUCCCCAGAUUCAGACUUUUCCAUUUAUCCAAUUCAUGAAACAUGCACGGUUUUGAUGAAAGUAUUUUAAGGGAUCAAGCAAGAAAUAAUGACAACAUCCAUGCUACAUGAUUUAUUAUGUGCUAUUGGUACAUGUCUCCCUUCAUUUUAAUAUAAAGGGGAUCUCACAAGAAAUGAAAGCUACAAUAAAUUAGUACCAGAUGGAUAAACCCCAAAUUAUACAGUCUAUAACCAGGUUUCAUUGGUAAAAAUAAUGUUCCCUUGUAAAUAUUAAAUAAUGUUUGCAUCAGGCUGUUAUGUACUACUCACACUUCAAAUUGUUAUUGUUUUUCUUGAUUUUUAUUUCAUUACCAGUUAUAAAGAUGCAUGUUUUUAUAUAGUAGAAAUUACCAAGUCUUUACAUGUUGUUUUUGAAUGAUCCCAAUAUUUGAAUCUUCAUAGGAGAUGCAUAAUAAAAGGAAAAUAAUAAAAUGACUAUCAUAAAGUA